AUGAACGCAUUGCGUCAAGAAGCACCUCAGGUGGAUCCUGUUAAGUUGGAGAAACUUUUAUCUGCUGCUUAUGCACUGAUCAGCCCCGAGUUACAGCAGAUCAGUUUACCCGACUUCCCUAUCGACAGUCUGCAAGCUGCUGCACUUAUUUUGGAAAAGAACCCCAGUAUACCAAUACACAAGCUCUUAUACCUUUUAUAUCCGUACAAUACAUUCCUUACUAAGGAUCACGUUAAGAACGUACAUGGAGUCUUGCACAACCUGAAUAUAGAAACAAAAUCAAAAUGGAGUAUAUCCCGCCAAGGUGUGGAGUUCAGAGAAAAGAAGGCUUUAGUGACCAUGGAUAUAAACGGCAAUAAGUCACAAUUUAGCGUGCCGUGCGGUGAAAGUGAAUAUAGAAGGGAAGAGAAGGGUUUCGUAAAGACUAGUUAUCAGAAUGAGCUGCUGAAUGAGUUAUUGUUGAGUCAUAGUGUUGGAGACUUUUGUGUUAUCGGUCCAAAAGGCUGCGGCAAGAGUCUCCUCGUAUCUCAACUCGCGUCCUUAUUACAUUACACAAUAGAGCCGAUAGUCCUUUACCAGGAUAUGACGGCGAGGGAUCUAGUGCAGCAGCGUACUACGCUGGACAAUGGAGACACAGUGUGGAGGAACUCUGCGCUUGUUGAAGCGGCGUUGAAGGGACAUAUGGCGGUACUGGAUGGCUUGCAUAGAAUCCAUUCCAGUACUCUGGCUGUUCUACACAGUCUAGUGCACAACCGGGCACUACAACUCCACGACGGGACGCGGUUGCUACGCCACGAUAGAUACGACGAGCUGCUGUCGUUAGGCAUUAGUCAGCAGGAGUUAGACGAAAGUGGUGUGAAGAGAAUCCAUCCCGCGUUCAGAAUAGUGGCUCUCGCCGAACCACCAUCAUUCGAUCGCGGACAACAUUGGUUAACUCCGGAAAUACUCAGCCUCUUCAUAUUCCACGAGAUGCGCAAUCUGAGUAAAGAAGAAGAAAUAUUUAUCAUCAAAUCUUUGUACGGAGAAUUAUCACCACCCCUUCUUUCAAUAAUCGACUUAGCGGACGAGUUGCGAAAGUCAGAAGACAACACAUUGAAAAGUCUCUCCUCUUCUCUGUCAACGCGACAGCUGCUCAGGAUUGCUAAGAGAAUGGCGAAAUACCCUGCAGACUCUGCCUACGAGACUGUUCAGCGGACAUUUUUAGCGAAAUUCCUACCUAACUUGGCCAGACGUGCGCUAGAUAGCGCUAGUCAAAAGAUCGGUAUAGAAGCACCAUCUCGUUUCGGUCUUUUUGGUCGAGGCGAAGGCAAAAUGGUCUGUAAUGUCCGAAAUGGAAUAUUGACAAUCGGUAAUACAAGCGCGGAAGUAUAUAAAACUGAGGCAUUAACCAAAGUUCCCGAUAUACUUUUCUAUGAUGUACCCCAACAUAUAAAACUAUUGGAGUGGUUGCUCCAAGACCUCCAACUCGGCAAUCAUUUAUUGCUAGUCGGUAAUCAAGGUGUGGGAAAGAAUAAGAUCGCAGACAGACUGUUGCAGCUUUUGAAUCGCCCGAGGGAAUAUAUACAACUGCACCGGGACACAACGGUACAAUCCUUGACAGUGCAGCCAACUGUCAAGGAUGGAAUUGUCAUUUAUGAGGACUCGCCCCUGGUGAAAGCGGUGAAAAAUGGUCAUGUGUUGGUUGUGGAUGAAGCGGACAAAGCCCCAACAAACGUGACAUGUAUUUUAAAAACUUUGAUGGAAAACGGAGAGAUGAUACUGAGUGAUGGCAGAAGGAUUGUUCCCAAGGAUAUGAUGAACAGUUCUGGAGGCAAUCCAGCGAGUUUUAUUCCUGUGCACGACGAUUUUAGAAUGAUAGUUCUAGCUAACCGACCCGGCUUCCCGUUCUUAGGGAACGACUUCUUUGCUUCUCUAGGUGACCUGUUGUCAUGUCACGCGGUCGAUAACCCGUCAAUUGAGUCAGAGCUAGAGUUGCUACGAUCAUACGGGCCCGACGUACAAGAAGAUGUGAUGAAGAAGCUUGUGCAGGCGUUCGCAGCUCUACGUAACAUGGCCGACCAGGGACAGCUGACUUAUCCUUAUUCCACGAGGGAGCUUGUUAAUAUUGUUAAACAUUUGCAGAAAUAUCCUGAAGAGGAUUUGGCAACGGCGAUAGGCAACGUGUUCGAUUUCGACCGUUACAGUAAGGACAUGGCAGACACGCUGUUGGAGGUGUUGCACUCCAGUGGUUUGCCGACAGAGGGCGUGCUGGAGGGACGCUCUAAAGAUGCAAUGAAAAGAUUGCAAAUGACGGUUGAAAGGAAAAGUGGAUUGGACGUAUCGUCACCAAAACAUGGCAAAGAGGAUCCAGAUAAUAAGCCACACGUUGGCGGCAACACGUGGGCCGGCGGCACCGGCGGCCGGGACACCGCGGGCCUCGGCGGGAAGGGCGGCCCCUACCGGUUGGACAAGGGACACGAUGUGCAUCAGCUAUCUGAUGAAGAGAAAAACGACAUACCGGAGCAUGUUAAAGAAGCGGCGCGAGCUAUGAACAGGAAGGCGUUUGAGGAGCGCUUGAAGGAGAUCAAAAUGAGCGAAUACGACGCUAAGUUGUACGGGCAGUUUUUGCGAGCAGUGCAGCCACAGAUUGCCGCUCUUCGUGGAGUGUUAGCUGAACUGCAAGCGAAGAAGAAAGAGAGACAGUGGAGCCGCCACCAGACUAGUGGAGAACUAGACGAUAGCAAAAUAAUUGAAGGUAUAACUGGCGAACGGGCAAUAUAUCGCAGGCGGCUAGACCAAGAACCACCUCCAGGUUCUCCACCUGAUAAACCUAAACGUUUGAGGCUUGUGCUCGACGUGUCCGGCAGUAUGUAUAGGUUCAAUUCAUACGACGGUCGUCUAGAACGUUCUAUGGAAGCGGUGGUGCUUAUAACAGAGGCGCUGAAAGGCUACGAGGUGGACCGGCCGCCUGAAAAUGAAAAGCAAAGGCUACAGAUAAUCCGCACAAUGCACGCGCACUCUCAAUUCUGCUGGUCGGGUGACAAUACAUUGGCGGCUGCAAAGCAGGCCAUUUCCAGCCUCGCCGGCGAGGACGCUGACGAAGCGAUCGUCAUUAUACUCUCCGAUGCGAAUCUACGACGAUAUGGCAUUGCUCCCGAGUCGCUGGGCACUAUCCUGACGUCGGACCACAGAGUACAGGCGCACGUUAUAUUUAUUGGCAGUUUGGGAGAUGAGGCCAACACGUUGCUGCGGCGUCUGCCCGCGGGGCACGCGCACGUGUGCAUGGACGUGGCCUCUUUGCCUCACAUCCUGCAGCAGAUCUUCGCUUCGUCACUCUUGCAGAGCGAUAAUAAUUAA